CCUCUUGCCACCUGUAACCGAAUCGCGUGGAGUGAGCCCAUAUCAUCAGGGGGCACAUCAAUCUCCUCAGCCAUGGAUCGAUAGAACAACGUCCCGAGCACAUCCUUAGCUGAAUUCUGCAAGCAGCCUCUUCGUCUUCGCGAUAUGAACCUUAAUCAGUCACCUCCCUGUUUCAGCGCAUAUAGAGGAGCUGCGGACCGCCGCCCAGAAGGAGAAUUGAAGGACAAUUCAGCAGCUCGGAAAGUGCAGAAGGCCGAUCGCGAGAAACUGAGGAGGGAUCGAUUGAAUGGGCAGUUUGCAGAAUUGGGGAGCACUCUUGAUCCUGAUAGGCCUAAAAAUGAUAAAGCCUCUAUCAUAGUUGAUACGAUUCAGAUGGUGAAGGAGUUAACUGAUCAAGUUUGCAGACUCAAGGAUGAGUAUGCAUCUCUUACUGAACAAUAUCGCGAGCUGACUCAAGAAAAGAAUGAUCUGAGAGAAGAGAAGGCAACCAUUAAAUCUGAUAUUGAAAGUCUGAAUGCUGAAUACCAACAAAGACUUAGGACUAUGUAUCCAUGGGCUGGGGUAGAGCAACCGUUGGUCCUGCGCCCGCCUUUAUACCCUUACCCGGUGCCCAUUCCCAUUCCAACCGGACCGAUUCCAAUGCGGCCUUAUCCGUUUUAUGGGAAUCAGAAUCCAACAGCCAUCCCCAGUCAUUGUUCAACUUUUGUUCCAUAUAUGACUACUCCAAAUCCAAUUCUCGAACAGCCUAUCCCACACGUCUCACCCGUCGUUCAACCUGGCAGCAGGAACUACAACGGUUCGAGCAAACAAGAGUCUAAAAACAAGGCAGAUAUUCAAACGAGUGAUGAAUCAUCAAAUGAAGUUGAGACAGAUCUAGAGCUCAAGACACCUGGAUCCACAUCCGAACAGGUGUCAUCAUCUGCACAAAAGGGGACUAGAAAACGGUCAAUGGAGAAGAACAGCCUUGCAGAUGGAAGUUCUUCUAGUUUGUGCUCAUCGUCUCAUAGCGUUCAAGUGUUUUCUUCAAGUAGUGUAAUUUGUGACACGAAGAAAGAUGAGAAACCGAGUAGGGAGGCAUAAUGUGUGUGCAUGAGUACUGAGUAGUUGUAGUGGUAGUAGCAUUAGCAGCUAAUUAGAUGAGAUUAUUGAUGGACCACAUUGUUAUAGUGUUACCUGCACGGGUGCCUGAACCCCAAACAGCAAAUCAACUAUCUUGCAGAAUUAUAUGAUUGUAUGUGACAUGAAUUUUAUGAAAGAGAGAUUGUGUAAUUAUUCGAUGAAAAUUGAACAGAGGAAGAGUAACAUAAUGCGAUGAAGUAAAUAAUUACCAUGCUAUGACAUUUUUAACCUUUUUAUGUGAAAAUUACAGUUCAUUUAAUGAUAAGCCUCUAGAGAAAGGCAAAAUUGGGCAAAUGGGAGAGCAUCUAUUAUUUGAAAGAGCAGAAUAACCUCCUUAAUUGGAACUUGGAAGGAAAUCCUAAAGAAAGCUUGCAACAGAAGGGUUUUUGGCUGUCUUGGCCCUCUAUAAGGUGGGCUUUCAGUGAAUUUCUUUUAUACCGAUUAAUGCAUUGCU